AUGAUGUCCUGGCCUGAAGAGCCGCAGAAUCAAAUUGGCGAGUGGCCAGACACAGAGAUGAUUCAAUCUAUUAACCUUGAACCGUUGGAUGGCGAGCGAUCUCAGCACGGCACCGCCAACCUUAUAAACAAUAACAGUCAGAGCGCACCAGGACUCACGUCCUCAGCAUCGUGUCCAUCAUUUUCUGGAUUAUAUGAUGCUUACUUGAGUGGCGAAGCGAGUGGAAAUGUACUCAUACCCCUCCCUAUUAGCUCGCAUGAGCCACUACUGGAUACCAUGGGAUCUGUCGUUGACACACCAUUUCCAAGCAAUAAAAACUACAAUAUGUUGCUGCAGUUUCAGCAAGAGUAUCAAAAUCAAUCACGUCGUCACUUCCCACACCAGCAAAUUGUGGGCCAGCCAUAUAUGCUUAUGCAGCAGCAGAUGCCUGGAGUUAGACGCGGAAUACAAAGCUCGCAAUCAUAUACGAAUUUAUCUAGUAUGGAAACGGAAUACCCCACGAACAUCACUAGCAAAAGGAAGAAAGGAAGCGAGCGAUGGAUGAAGCUGCAACGUCACAAGUCUUUCGACUCCUCGACGCCGGUAUCAGAUUCUGUAAGCGCUGAUUUGACUGAGAACAAUGACGGUGCGAUGAACAUGAAUCCUUCACCGGAUCAGCUUCUUCAAGAACCAAUAGAUAGCGACGCUGGAUUCUAUAUUGAUGACUUUAAUACGCUUCCGACAAAUAACCUCGAUUGGCCUUCAAACAUGUAUAAAUCCACUCCGAGCGCUACUGUUGAAGAUUAUCAGCAGCGCAUUCACAAGAGGCGGCAUCCUUCUCAUCAACAGCCUGCGAUCCAGUCAGCGAGUGUCGAUAAUCGCGCUGGUUCUGCUUUUGGGUCGGCGGAAGCUGAAUUUGUGUCAGAGCUGGACAUGUUUCUGUCGGACAAUGAGCAAGCAAAUCUUUUUGAUGCUAUUCGUAAUUUCGAGUCUCCGAGUGUGACAAACUCAAUUGAAUCCCAGCCUUCGCCGGAACUUUCUCCCCAGCACUCUAGACAAACAUCAUCGCCGAGUGAAACAAAGAAGCAGAGCAACCCCUUCACCGAAGUCAAAGGCACAGCGACUGAUCUACCGUACUUCCCUGAACCUUUACAAGGUGCUACAAGACCGGUCACUAUAGAUACUACUUCAACGCCUCCAGCAGAAAAGCUCCCGUCGGGUUGUGUUCCAAUGCGUACGCGACUUCACCAGAUAUUGGUGCAUUCAGUUCAGAACUCGGAUGCUGGAUCAUCAUUGUCGUCUUAUGAAUACAAUUACUUGAUGCAAUCGCCAUUGUUCUCGCCGACAAAGGCGCCAGAGACGGCGGGAUCGUUGUGGCUUUUACUGCACGCUGCUCAAUGUGAAAAAGGGUGUGAAAUUGCAGGUUGUAGCGUGAUGCAACGUGUUCUAAACCAUUGCCUUGAAUGUGAACUUGUGGUUGGAAAGUGCAAGCCAAUCUGUAAUGAUGCCAAGGCAAUGCUGCUUCAUUAUGGCUCAUGUAACAGCAAAGGUAGUAUGCACGGACGGUCAUGUACGGUGUGCUGGAACCUGCUGGAGAUUGACUAUUCUCAUCAAUUAUUAAGCAGCAGCAAAAACAACGGGAACUCGACUAUCCACACGUCAAGCUCCACACCGUCACCAUCCCCGCAAAUCGACACACCACCUCUUGUGCCGAUGGUCAUAUGUCCACCAAUAAAUAGCUCACCAGCAACUCAUUCGCCGUCAAGGUACUCAACUCCUGGUGCCACAAAGCACGUGCCUAUUCAGCCCAAUCCGCUUCCAACAGCUUCAAAUCCAAUUGGACUGACAGGUCCAUUACCCCCUCAUCUUGGGCACUCAUUAUCGCUUUAUCUGGAGCAGACUUCUUCGCUGUUUCGCGCAGAGAUCAAAUCUCGUAUUGAAAAGCGCGUGACGGCUGCUGCUGGUCAGGACUUGUUGCAGCAUAUGCAAAAGAAGACGCGAUUGCGUAGUUUGGACGAUCUUCGCUCUGACGCUCGAGCUAUUGUGUUAGGAGAAAUGGAACGAGAACUCCAUCUUAAUAUUCAGGUCUUCAAUUGGGCCAAUUUGAACAACUCUAGUGGUAGCUUUCCAGAUUCUGCUUCACAGCUUCCUCCCUACCUGCUAGACUUUUCGGUGGCUGGAUAUGGUGCCUUUCAUGCGCAACAAGCUGCUGCACAUCAGACAGAUAUGGUUAUAAAUCCGUCUUUACAAGCUUCCACACUAACAAUGUCGUCACCAGUGGGUACUCAGCAGUCUACUACGCUGCCAAAGUUCUGA